GCCAGGCCGCGACGCGAGCCGGUUAACUCGCAAACGUAGUGCGGCGAGGAUUAAAAAAAAUGAUAUAAUUUUUUUUUGCAUACCGUUUAUCGUCGAGUGUUUCCCAAUAUUAAUGAAAUAAUAUUGCGGAAGCAGUGACGAACAUUGGAAAUUACAGAUUUUUAAAAUAAAAAAAAUUGUAAAAUGGAUAUUUACCAAAAAAACAUGGAUUGCCUAAACGGAAACGAUCCGUUUACACCGAAUUUAAAUAAGGAAUGUAACUUCGGAACUUAUAACCAAAGCAAUGAGGCGAUAUCUGAUUACUACGAGGGCGCAGUUAUACUGGUUACUGGAGGUACGGGUUUCGUAGGAAAAGCGUUAUUAGAAAAGCUGUUGAGAAGUUGUGCUGGCAUUGAAAUUAUCUACGUCCUGAUGAGACCGAAGCGAGGCUUAUCUGUCGAACAAAGGUAUAAGGAACUCCUUAAAAACCAGGUAUUCGACCGUAUCCGCGCGCGUUGGCCGGAGCGUCUAGGAAAGCUGUUCCCAAUAACCGGUGAUGUAUCGGCACCGAACCUGGGCGUCAGUGCUGAACAACGAGAGCUGCUAAGCACGGUCACCACUGUGUUCCAUUCAGCGGCUACUGUCAAAUUCACUGAACCAUUGCAAGCAGCUACAGCGCUUAACGUGCAAGGCACUGCGUAUCUACUAAAACUGGCUUCUGAUAUGCCUCUGUUAAAGGCUCUAGUCCACGUAUCUACAGCGUACAGCAACGCGCCGCGUAGUCACAUCGAGGAGCGUGUUUACCCGCCGCCCUACGACCCUGAUAGUAUAGUGCGGUGCACUAAAAUGCUGCCGGCAGACACCGUCGAUACUAUUGCUGAAACUUUACAGGGAGAACAUCCUAAUCCAUACACUCUUACCAAAGCGUUAGCUGAAUCGAUCGUGUUCAGUCAUACACACCUACCAGUUUGUAUAGUCAGACCAUCUAUAGUUACUGCAGCGUAUCAAGAACCAUUCCCGGGUUGGAUAGAUAAUGUCUACGGUGUAACAGGUAUAAUUAUGGAGAUAUCUCGGGGUACUUACCGUUCCGGGUACUGUCGAGAGCGGUACGUAGUCGACCUGGUCCCAGUCGACUUAGUUGUCAAUAGCUGCAUUCUUGCUGCAUGGCGACAAGGUUGCAAACAACCGGGCCGCUGUCCAGUUUACAACGUAACAUCUGGAUCCAUCAACCCUCUGCAGUGGGGUCAGUUCACACGGCUCUGCAUUAAAUGGGCGAGGGAAAAUCCCACCAAAUACGUCAUGUGGUAUCCGAAUUUCUCCUUUACCGAGUCCCGUUUUAUGAAUACAUUUUGGGAGAUAUCUUGUCACUUCUUGCCAGCCUUCCUCUUCGAUAUGUUGCUGAGAGCACAGGGCAGGAAAGCUAUAAUGAUGAAGUUAGCUCGCCGAUUCAAAAUGGCGGCGGCUACAGGAGAGUACUUCGCGAACCACGAAUGGCAAUUCGGCAUAUCGGAACUCACAGCUCUUCACGCUGAAGCGAACUGUGCGAGCGACUCCAGCGCGUUCCCCCACUGGCCUGCUCAAUUCAACUGGGAUGCUUACAUCGGAGCGUACAUGUUGGGCAUACGGCGAUUCAUAUUGAAAGACAGCGUUGAAUCACUGCCGAAUGCGAGGUCAAAAUUAAAAAGAUUAUACUGGGUGCAUCGAAUGUUCCAAGCUGCUACCGGAUAUUAUCUAUUCAGAUUCUUAGCUGGGCGUUUACGGUAGAAUGUGGUAGAAAUAGGUAGUAUCAACGUAUAACUUAGAUGUGACAUUGUAAGAAUUAUUAUUGAUAGUUUUAAGCGAGACCAUCUAAGUCUUAUAAAUCAAUGUUUUAAUAACUUAGAAAUCAAACAAACAGGACAGAUUUUAGUAAAACUGUGUAGUUAUUUUGCCUAAUAUGAAUUUAAAUAUUGAGAAACUUUUCAGCGUAAUAAAAGGGAUUCUAUAAUAGCAAAUAUCCAAAGAUAAAAAAGCAUGAGUAUAGUAACAUGAAAAAUAAAAUUAGUUACAAAGUGUACCAGUUUUUUUUUUGUCAUUAAAAAUUAUGAAUAUAAUUUGGGUCUUACAAAAACAAAUAAUAUUUGAAAAUGGUGUUAGGAUUCAAAAAUUCAAUUAUACGACAUAAAAUAAUUUUAUUUAGUUAAAUUCGAAAGUUUUUAAACAAAUCUGAUCAAUUUUCUGUUUUCGUCUAUGUGAACAUAAACCGAAGUGAUUGCCUACAUAUGUCAGAUCCAAGUAAAGUGCAUAGAUUAUUUUUUCUAACUUAUUUAACACUAUUACAUUGGUUACCUCACUUGUGUGAUUUCAUCUUUAACAAUGUGACACUCGAUUAUCGCUAUCGCAGAUCGAAAUAAAAAUAUAUAAAAAUAAUAAUAAUAACUUUUAUUUCAAGCUGUAUAUAUAUUAUGUUAGUGACAAAACAGAAUAUAUUCAUUUUUUUUUACACUUCAAAAUUCAGAGAACAGAGUUCAACUUUAGUCAGCUGUUAAGGUAUCGACAGUCAGUCCUGCCGGCUAUCGUGUGGAGAAUGAUAUUGGAGCUGGAUAAAUAACAAAAAUAUGGAUCACAACUUUGGAUAAGUCACGAAUUUUGAGACAUUUCAUCGAUUAGUUGCGAUAUCGAUAGUCGGAAGUCACUUUGAUUAGGAAGGAAGGACGCGGGAGAUGGCAAUCGGAAAUAGAAACAGUACGAGUAUAAUGCAAAUCAAUACUGCAUAUAAUUCUGUCCGCCGCUGCUGUACCGUUUGCCGUAUGCCGUAUCACGCGAAAUUGCACCUUAAACCUAACGACAUUAGUAUCCAAUUCUAUUUAUAAAUAUCAAAUACCUUUAAUUUAAUAAUUUUAAUAUCUUUAUAAGUUAUCUGUUUUGUUUAAAGCAAAUUCCAGUAUCAUUUUAACCGUAUGUCGAUAAAAAGUGUCCUUUAAUUAAAGUGUUUAUUUGGUUAUUGAAUAUUUGAAAACCCACACGUGUUUAAUUAAAUAUAAUGAUGUAAGUGUUAAAUAAACUGUAUAUAUA